UUGUUUACAGUAGCUUUGGGUGUUUCCGGCAAUAUUUAUUUUUACUAUUUUUUUUAAAAAUGAUUAAUAACUGACCAUGGAGGAUAUUUCUACCAAAGAUGACUGUUCUAUAAAUGAAAGAGUCGUUCCCGAACAAACUACUGCUGGUCUAAUUCAAGAAAUUAGCAUAAACGAAGAUAAUGAUAUUGAUUUGCUGUGUGCUGUUGUAUUUAUAGAAGAUGCUGCCAAGUACAGAGACAUUAGUCAUAAGCUAGACAAAAAUACUUUAUUAUGGUAUAGAUGGUACCAUUCACAACCUGUCAGAGUGAGUUUCUAUUUUGUUGUAUUCGUUCUUCACAUUUUGGCAUUCUUUGAAUACCCAUCUUCAUUGACAUGGACAUCAGACAUAAGACACAGAGGAAGCAGGAUAGCAGUACCAUGUGGGGUAACAGAAGGCAUAGAAAUGAUAUGUUUUUUACUUAUAGCAGCAGAUCUUAUUUUAAAGUAUAAAUUGAUAGGCAGAUCAGAGUUUAUAAAGAAGAAAUGGUUAUGGGCUUCCAGCAUUAUACUAAUUUUAUCUUUGAUAGACUGGUUUAUAACUAUAGGAUUUUCUUGUAAAGAGAUUGUCAGAUACAGAAGAAUUCUCAGACCAGUUUUUAUCAUUAGUAAUUCUCAGCUUAUGAAGAAAACUGUUAAAUGUGUACAGAAAACUCUGCCAGAAGUUAUAACAAUUUUACUACUUUUAUUUAUACAUCUCUAUAUUUUUACCUUGCUGGGAAUGCUGUUAUUUCCCAAACCUCAGUCAUUUAUUCCAAUGAACAACAGAACAGCACAUUUUAUCAAUGGUAAUGCCAGUAGUAAUUCUUCUACAGAUAGUAAUGUGACAGAAGAAGGAGAUGAGUAUUUUAAGACACUGCUGGAAUCCUUCAUGAGCCUCUUGGUGCUGCUAACUACUGCCAACAAUCCGGAUGUGAUGAUGCCUGCGUAUCAAGAAAACAGACUUUUUUCUGUGUAUUUUAUUGUUUUUAUGGUUAUUGGUAACUACUGUUUUAUGAAUAUGUUUCUAGCUGUGAUAUAUAAUCAAUUUAGAGGAUAUUUUAAGAGUUCAAUGCAAGCUAGUCUUUUGAGGAGAAGAGUGGGGCUGAGAGCAGCAUAUGAAGUUUUAUUGAAGAGUGAAACAUCAACAGACCGUGUGAUGCUUGAAUCAAGUGUUGAAGUUACUAAAGUGAAAAAUGCAAUACAAGAAGCUAAUUUACCAAUCAGGUGGAAAAGUAAAAUUUAUAAUGAAAUUGAUUUAAAACAAGUUAAUCAACAAUUAAAUUUCCAAGCAUUCCAAGACUGUGUUGAUGUCAUACAAUCAGAGAAGUUCUCUAAAAAUAGACCAGCAAUAAGAUGGUUUGGACAACCUGUUUUGAGAUUUUUACAGAAAUGUGUUGCUCACAGAUUUUUUACCUACUUUGGUAAUUUGGUAGCAGUGGUCAAUGUGUUUGUCAUAACGGUUGAGUUAGCUACACAAUAUGAUAAAUCCUUCAAUUACAGCAAAUCUGUCUUAAAUAUUGUAAAUUUUGGUUUUGUAACUUACUACCUCUUGGAGCAAGUGUUAAAAUUUGUUAUGUUUGGAUGGAGAAGAUAUAUUUUUGAAAAAUCCAACAUCUAUGAUGGCUUAAUUACAGUAGCUUUAGUGGUUACAGAAAUAUUUUCUGUUGCUGAAUAUGGGCUUCCAUUAACUGGAGAUGAUAUAGUCCCUCAAGAUUCUGUCACCCUCUGGAAUGUUGUCAGAAUUAUAAACAUACUCAUUAUGGCCAGAAUACUUAGAAUUAUACCACAGAUAAAGUCUAUGUCUAUAGUGGUCAACACUUUGGUAGAUUUGAUAAAAAAUAUGAAAGCAUUUGCUGGUAUUUUAAUUGUGAUAUAUUAUUCAUUUGCCAUAAUGGGAAUAGAGAUCUUCAAUGGGUCUAUUAAAUAUAACCCUCCUAAUGCCACAGUGACAAGAGGCUUACUAUACAAAUGUGGAUCAUACCAACAGUUAGAAUACUGGGCCAAUAAUUUUGAUGACUUUGCUGCAGCCAUCGUAGUAUUAUGGGAUAUAAUGGUAGUCAAUAACUGGAGUGUGUUCCUAAAUGCAUACAAAAGUGCCACUUCUAGAUGGGCUUAUCUGUUUUUCAUCAUUUGGUGGUUAUUUUCUGUCGUUAUAGUUCUACAGUUGUUUACCGCCAUUAUCAUAGAGAAUUUUAUAAUGAAAUGGGAUAAAAGUCAACUGAAUACAGACAGAGGGAGAAGAACAUCAAGUUUUGAAGAUUCACAUCAUUUUAUGUCUGUUCACGAUAUGUUUAGGAGUACUCUAGAGGAGCCUUCAGAAUCAGAAAUACUACAGGAAAUUAGUAAUCACAGAUAUUUAAAACUUAGACAGAUUCCAUCAGUCACAUGAUAUCAUAUAGCAGACGACAUCAGUCACAUGAUAUUACACAGCAGACAACAAUGUUAUUCUAUAAGAUUAUACGGACCAUGCUGGGCUGUAUAGCAAGUCAAAGUCUUUACAAACUUCCAUCAUCUAUAAUAUGAUUCUCUGAUUGAGAUCUCAAAUUAUUAAGGUUAUCACCUCAUUUGCAUAUAUAUACAUAUAUAUUUUUUUUAUAUUUCAAAAAUCAAGAAACAGUUACAGAUAUAUACAUAUAUUUUCUUAUAGUCCAAAAAUUUUAA